CGCCAUGCCCCUCGGGCCACCGUGCGCCUGGCCGCCCCGCGCCGCGCUCCGCCUGUGGCUGGGCUGCGUCUGCUUCGCGCUGGUGCAGGCGGACAGCCCCUCGGCCCCAGUGAACGUCACCGUCAGGCACCUCAAGGCCAACUCCGCAGUGGUCAGCUGGGAUGUCCUGGAGGAUGAGGUUGUCAUCGGGUUUGCCAUCUCUCAGCAGAAGAAAGAUGUGCGGAUGCUCCGCUUCAUCCAGGAGGUGAACACCACCACCCGAUCGUGUGCUCUCUGGGAUCUGGAGGAGGACACAGAAUACAUCGUGCACGUGCAGGCAAUCUCCAUCCAGGGCCAGAGCCCAGCUAGUGAGCCUCUGCUCUUCAAGACCCCACGUGAGGCCGAGAAGAUGGCGUCUAAGAAUAAAGAUGAGGUGACCAUGAAGGAGAUGGGGAGGAACCAGCAGCUGCGAACAGGCGAGGUGCUGAUCAUCGUUGUGGUCCUCUUCAUGUGGGCGGGUGUUAUAGCCCUCUUCUGCCGCCAGUAUGACAUCAUCAAGGACAACGAGCCCAAUAACAACAAGGAGAAAACCAAGAGUGCAUCAGAAACCAGCACACCAGAGCACCAGGGCGGGGGUCUCCUCCGCAGCAAGAUAUGAAGCCUUUUAAGUGUGCGCUCUGAGCAGCUCAGGAGACAGUAGAGAAUUGGAGAGGACCUCGCUGUUCUGACGAUGACUGUCCAACAAACAUCUGGCCCUCUCUGCGUCUCCUUUCCUCCAUCUUCUCCUAUCAUUGGGCUUUACUAUCUUCUCUCUUGGCUUCUAUCUUUCUGAUGUCUUGUCCUGAAGCCUCUCAUUAACCCUUAACUCCAGGAGCACCUCAACAACGCCAGUGGCCGAGGCUGCACCCAGAGACAGAACUGUGGAAUGCGAGAAAGCCAGCCCAAGGGAGGUCUUUGCUGUGGGCGGACUGGGUGCCAGGGUUCUCAGCCCGGGACUCAUGUCUUGGCCACUCAGCUUGACCAAAGGCUGUGUGUGAAAGGCAGAGACGACUUCCAGGCAGGCAGGCUAUUCUUUUCUUCCCGUGGGGACAAGAGUCUGGCGCUCGGGCUACAGCCCUGCUGGCCCUUCUCUCCUCUGCCCAGUUUCCCAUCUUGCAAGAAGUCUAUUCAACCAGCUCUGGCCACUUCUCUUGUUUGUUCCCUUCCCAGUUUCCAGACAAGCCCCCAGUGAACAUCCUCAAAGUGUGGCUGGCCCUGUCUGCAGAGAAAGGCUUUCAUUCUCUGCUGGUCCCUGCAUCCUUCCUGGGCACAGGGUGAAUGUUGACUAAAGCGGUGGGGGCACAGCUAGCCACAGUUCCUUUUCCUCAUCUUAGUCUGAUGAUGGAGGCUGAACUAUAAACCCAAAUUUUGCAAAAGCAAAAAAAAAAAAAAAAAAGCCAAAAAAAAACAACAACAAAGAAAAAGCCACAAAGCUAGAAGGCCUGGCCUGCACUCUGAAGAAGACAAGACCAUGCUGCAUGAGACCCAGCUUCCCACCUCCCACUUCUUCUGGACUGGCUUCCUCUUUGAGAUAUGUGCAAAGCUCUGGGAGAGAGCAAGCAAGUGCACCAGGGAAGCUGUGCAGCUGCCUGCUUCUCAGGGUCCUGACUCCAUCAGGCCCUUUCUAGCCCAGUCAGAAAGGACAUCUGUGGCGUGAGGCACACCUUUGCAAUGCGUAUGAUGUUACUGUUUUGCGGCUUGGAAAACAAUCAGAGGGCUGCACUCCAGAGGGCAGAGGCUUCUGCAGAGGCUGGGGCUGAUUGCUGGUGUCUUCAGUCUUUGCAGUGAGAUCAGGAUGGAUUCUGAGAAGACCUGGAAGGUAGUGUCUCCGCACUGCAGCGGUGUCAGCUGGGAUAACCGGAAAGGGCACACCUAUGGCCGACACCCUGGGGCUGCUGAGCAACCUGCUGGAAAGCGGUUCACCAGACAAAGAGCAGCUUUGCUGUCACGACUGGCCUCUGGGUCUUUGGAUCUUGCCAUCUCAUUCAGGGUCCUCUGAAAGUUAUCCAGGGUUCCCAUGUCCUUCCCUAGAGCUUGAAGUGUAAAGAGACAGCUAGUUCUCCCUCUUCUCUAUUUCUUUUUCCUCUCCUCUGCCCCUUUCUUUUCUUUCUUUCUUUCUUUCUUUCUUUCUUUCUUUCUUUUUUAAAAAAAAGGUGCUUGAUGAGGCAAGCGGACUUCUCUGGGAUACGCACCAUGGCUGCCAAAUGCCUGCCUGGGAAAAGUGGACUCUCCAGCUUCCACUGGUGGCUAAGGUCGUGUAAGAGGCUGUUCCCAGCACAGAGCAGGUGCUUGGUCAUUAUUUGUUGUACUGAAUGAUGCACACUGGUGCCCAAGUCAGAGAGCUAAGCCAUCACCCAGUGACUGCCCCUUCAUUCGGGUCUAUAACAGCUCUCGGGCCUGGGUCAGCCACCACUCUGCUUGCUCCAAGUGUGGCAGCACAGGAGACAGAUACGGGCGGAUGUCAGCAAACAAAGGGCUUCCUCCUGGGAGGGCAUGAGGGUCCACUCAUUGUCUUGUGACUUCCAUCCCUGCUGAAUGGGGCUGCAAGGCCAAGGCUCCUUAAGAACGGUCCUUACCUCGAUCCAGUUAGAGCAAUAACCACUUUUUAAAUGUAAAAUAAAGACAAAUGAAAAGGCACACCCUUGUCCUCUGGUAAAUGCCCAAACGUUGCCCUCUUUUUCUGACAAUUGGCAGUAAGUCAGGGUGUGUGGAGGAGGGAGUCAGUUCUCUUCCAUUUUGGCCUGCAGCUUCUUAGGGACAUGCCUGCCAGCCAAGCUGGAGCUGGAAGGGAAUUCUCGAACAGAUGGGGGUGCACGUGCAGGAGAAGAAAAUAGAUGCUCCACCAUCCUCUUUCUGAGGCUCCUCUCUAAGCUCGGCUUGGGCUGCCUUGCCACAUAGGUAUGCAGGCGCCUGCUCGAUUUCUUCAAACAAAGGGUUUUCCUCUCCCGAGAGCGCUGUGUGCUUAUUCCUGCCAGAGGACUGUGUGUGGCUCUUAGCUGGGGUGGGUAAGGAAGGAGAGAAUUGCAAAGACUGCUCUCUGCAGAAAUCAUUCAGUGCUCACUCUGUGCUCUUCUGGGCUGUUAAAGGAACAUCAUUAAGAUCCCAACGGCAGGCUGAAAGGCAGGCAGAGGAACAAUGCCAUUAGCCAAUGAGUGAACUAGGAAAUGGGACACCUCGAACAUUCCUGUCCAGAGCCAGGGGAGAGAACGUCAGAUAUGCAGUGCUUAGAGCAGGCUGCUCAGGUCCCAAGAGCGGGGGGAGAGGAAGGUCUCAGGAGCCUUUGAAGAGACAGAGCUCUAAGCCAGACCUCAGAGAGGAACCGCCUAGGCUCUCUGCUCACAUUCUUCCAACUGAGAAGCAUAGGUACAGGGAGUUAGCAGGGUUUGGAAAGCCCUGUUGAGGGGGGGGAGGUUUCCUGUUCAUCCGUGCUUGUGGGUACACCAUAGGAAAUAGAGUAAAGUGCUCCUUUAGCUUAAAGGCCUGUCCUCUUCCUCCUGAAAUGAGGAUGGCUCUCUUCUGGAAUCAAUUGCUAUUUGCAGUAAACGCCACAGCUAUUAUUCGAGAAGCACUUCCUCCCUUCCUCUCAGGUGACUCCAAAGAUUCCUUGCAAUUCAGGAAAGCUCUGAGACCAGGACCACAGCAGCAGGAGACCCUGACCCUGGGCAGUCACUUCUCUGAGGGUGGAGAGCUUCCAGAGCCCGCCCACCCAGGAUAAUGACUAAAGGCUGUCCUAGAAACACAGUGAGGCCAAGAGGCUAGGGGAGAAGGCUAGGCUGUGGGUCUUUGGAGCAGGGGCCUUUCUUCUGUCCUCUGAAGUCUAGCCCCGCCCUUCACAGGCAUACACAACAUUUCACCAAGCCGUCUGUGACAGGCUGUCAGACUUUAUUUCUACUUACUGAAUUGUAGUCUCCAAAAAACUAACAAACAAACAAACAAAAAAAAGAGGUAACCUCCAGGGGGCUGGAGAGAUGGCUCAGCGUGUUAAGAACACUAGCUCCUCUUCUGAGGAUCUGGGUUCAAUUCCUAGCACCCACAUGGCAACUUACAACUGUAACUCGAGUUCACCCAAUGCACAUAAAAUAAAGUUAAAAAAAAAAAAGCCUCCAGGAGCAAACUGCUUCUAUAAACAGGGCACUCUGGCUGCCCCGGACCAGUCCACAGAUGAAAAAAAUAUCAAAUCUCAAAAUACAGCCUGAAGCUAAGUUAAAGAGAUCUCUGUGGGGCUGGAGAGGUGGCUCAAAGGU